CCUCCUCUCCACUCCCCCUCCCCUUCUCUCCCCUCCCGGCCUCCGGCCGCGCGCUGGCUGGGCUCCGCAUUGCACACUCUGGGGGAACCGCAGUGUGCAUUCGUGGGAUGGGGCAGCGGGUUGCUGGAGGCUGGAACCGAUGCGUGGCUCUGUUAACAACUCCUCUCUUCCCUGGCUCUAGUGCUGCCCCCGGAGACUUUCUGAUCGAUGAAGCCCUUAAUCCAGCUGUUAGGAAACCCCCCGGCUCUCACUGCCGCGGAGUAAUGUUGCUCUGUGUGCUUUUUAAGUACAGCUCUUCUGAGGCCCCAGAGUCGCAAUUUCUCUCCAGUAAUAAGGAACGCCUGAUCCCAGGAUCUCUGCAUGAGUGAGGCCCCAGUCUGCAAUGGAACCUUGGCCUGCAUUGGCCUGGGCACUCCUCCUCAGCCUUCUGGCCGACUGUCUGAAAGCUGCUCAAUCCAGAGACUUUACGGUGAAAGACAUUAUCUACCUCCACCCUUCAACCACCCCGUAUCCUGGUGGAUUUAAGUGUUUCACUUGUGAAAAAGCAGCAGACAAUUAUGAAUGCAAUCGAUGGGCUCCAGAUAUCUACUGUCCUCGAGAGACCAGAUACUGCUACACUCAACACAUCAUGGAAACCACUGGAAACAGCAUAUCAGUCACCAAACGUUGCGUGCCUCUGGAAGAAUGCUUGUCUACUGGCUGUGUAGACUUAGAAAAAGAAGGACACAAGGUCUGUACUUCUUGCUGUGAAGGAAAUAUAUGUAACUUGCCAUUACCCCGCAAUGAAACAGAUGCCGUAUUUGCCACAACAUCCCCCAUCAAUCAGACAACUGGCCACUCCCAUCAUGUGUCAGUAAUAAUGUCAUGUCUGUGUGUGUUAUUAGGAUUAACCUCCUAAUAACUCUGAGGUGCCAUUUGUUUAGUGAACCAGGCAGAUUUGGAAGGAGGAUAUAUCCCUAGAUAUGCCAUUGGCCUAACUAUAGCACAUAUUUUAAAUUAUAAUAUUUAAGGAUGUUCCCAUUACUAAGACCUUUAGGUGUCUGGGGACAUGCCAGUCAAGUAUUACUGCUUCAAGUUAGGGAACAAAAAUUACUCCAUUGUGAUCAUCUUGAAUACCCCAAGCCCCUUUUUAAACCAGACUGUUCCCAGCAUGCACUUCUGAGUUCUGUAUCCCAAAACCUUUUUCCUCUCUGAUCUGGCUCUAUAUUUGUUUAACUGCAACCACAAAUUCAUGUUUAGAAUUUUCCUUUAGUCUUAAUGGAAAGCCUUUUGAUUGGGUAUCUGGAAGAGUUAAGUUACCUUACACAAGUGAGAACUAUAUAAAAACAAACACAAAACUCCACAGAGAUAAUUUAUCUAAGGAUCAGGUCCAUCUCUGUUCAUUUUGAGAGGUAGCAAGAAUUAUAAAGAUAUUGGUGUACAUGGAGAGGAUUUAGGAGAAAAGUUCAACCCCAAGCAUAUCUGGGUCAAAUAUUUAUACCAUGACUAUGCUUGGCCCUGUGUGUAGGGCUCUGUCUAGAGUUGUUGGGAAUUCUAGCUUCUGUCCAUUUUCCUCACAUCAAUCAAGUAUUUAUUUAAUGCCUACUAUGUGCCAGGCACUGGACAGGCAUUGAGUAUACAAAUAAUGAAACAGUCUCUUUCUUGUAAUGAAUUUAGAAACUACACUUCAAUUGAAGUCCCUGUGUAGGGUUCUCUAUAACAGGAAUGAAAAGCCACUGGGGUUUUUUCCCACUCCUGAUCCCAGUAGAACAGAGGUUGAAGGAAGGAGGAGCUUGGGGGAUAGCACCAUUCCCUCUGAGCCCAGGAAGGGACUCACUCAGUCAUCCCUCUCCUGCACUCACAGGGGAGACUAGAGCCAGUUAAAUAGCAGUAGAGUCACCCUUCUACCUGUGGUUCUUCUACCACUGAAUUCCCAUAAUCCUCACAGAGAUAAAUGAUUGAAGCACUGGGACAGAACCAUUGGUUGAUAUCUGUGGACUGGGAGGCAGGGAAGAAAUAUUGGGUAUGAGUAGGUGGGGGGGAAAGGUGCUAUGUGAGAGUAGGUAAAGGGGCCUUAGCAAUUGCAAACUCUCCUUUUGGGGGGAUGUUUGCUCCUGAGGUAGAUAGAGGGUGAAGUUUUCACCAUUCUUAGGUAUAUUUUUUACAUUCUAUGUUGCUAUUUUUCUUUUUUCUUGUAAAUCAUUUAUACAAUAUUUAUUUUUCUAUGACAUAACUAAAAAUAUAAUGUAUUAUAAAAAAUUCCAUUGUUCAGACCAUGUUCAGAGAGGUUAUUUUUAAAGAGCAGUAAAGCGUGUAAUAUAUUUUUGUUGAAAGUCAUCAAUUAUCCUUUGCACCAAUGCUGAAAAAGAGUUGCCUUGUGUUGCAUGAGCUAAGUGUGUUUUAUCUCAAAAGAUAUUGUAGGAUGGUUUCCUCAGCAGGGUUGCACUAGGAACAUUUGCACACGAUAAUCAUUAUUGUCCUGAGUUUCUGCGUAGAUUCACACUGAGAGUGCAGGAUGAAACAGAAUGGAACCUCUGCUAAUGAAGAGGAAAACAGCACCAGGGUCCAAGUGCCACAGUCAGGGAGAUGUCUCUGAAAAUAACUUAAAAGUGCUGCAUCCAUUUGAAGAGUGGGAAUUUUUUGGCUAUAAAGUCCUAAAGAAUUUAACAUGGAAUCUUUCUUGGGAAUAAGGAGGCAAUGUGGUACAGUGGAAAGAACACUGUCCCUGGAGUCAGAAGACUCAGGUUCAAAACCUGCCUUUUCAAAACCUGUGUGACCUUGGACAAGUCACCUAAUUUCCCUAGACUUCAAUCUCCUCAUAUGUAAAAUUAGGAAGUUGGAUGUAAAGAAUUCAUUGUUAAUUGAGGUUUUAAUGCCUCGGGGCGCACACUGGCCUGGGGCAUAAAAACCUCAAUUAACAAUUAAUUCUUUACAUGGAUUAGAUGGCCUCUGAUAUUCAUCUAGCUCUAGCUCUAUGAUGUGAUCUAAGAUGGAAUUUACUAUUUGAGACAUUGGGCCUUAGGAUGCUGCCUCUUGACAUUCUUUUUAAGAGAGAUACUGCCUGUGUAUCAACAUACACUUGAGGCAAGUGAGUGAGCAUUCAGCUGAAUAAUGGCAAAGAGCCUUAGAAUGUUUACCAUGAAAGGUACCCUAGAAAUUAUGAUGGAUACUGGAGAAAUAGAGCACUUAACGUUCAGUGUUGGUGGUUUUGCUAUAGCGGCCUAAAGCAAGGUCUCUCCUAUUCACUUUAAAUGUGGCUUGAUUUAAUCCAGUUUCUAAUGGAGCCCCAGUAGAGCAAUGGGGACAGUUCUUGGAGCUCAUCUCUAAAGGUCACAGAAGUUUAUUCACAACAUCAAACUACCUCAGAGUAUAAUUAGGCAUUUUUCCCAAUAGGCUAUGGGGCAACCUAUUCUCUUUGCAGUUUUAGGUGUUCAUGUUUGGGAUAAGACUAUUAAGUCUUGGAGAGGGUGUAAUCUACAUUGGUAAAGGUGAUACUAAUGAAAUCACAGGUCCUUUUGAUGUAUAAGGAUGUGGAAGGAAACAGUGAUGAACUAUCCACCCCUCGGAAACUCUGUCCAGUGGCCUGACAUCAUGGACUUUUACCAACCUGCUUUGUGGAAGUCGUCUAACCCUGCCCAGGCAGGCAGCCAUCAAUCCAGAACUCUGACCUGACCAUUUGCUUCUUUCUGUAUGUCUGCCUCAUUCCUCUUGCUGAAAGAGGUGACAUUUUGAUGUUGCUACUAAAGAUGCUAUAAAAUAUAAUGGAGGUGUUGAUGUCCUUCAUGUCUACAAAUAGAUUUGCAUGCAUGGGUCUCUCUCCCUUGAUUGCUUUUAAAGUAAUGCAUGGCACUUUGAGUAAGAGACAAAACACAAAUGUUGGUCCCCACUGAAUGAAGAGGUCAUACAAAGGCCUUCCUGGCUACGUAUCGUGCAGGAUCCGUUAGCCUGGGUGGUCAAAUCCAUGUCCUUGAAUAAUAUCUCUAAGCCAGGGUUUAUCAACAGAUCUGAAAACCUGGUACUGCAUGCAUCCAUUAGGAUGGGUUAUGGGGGGUUUUCUGUACAAAAGAAUGCAGUAAGCUAUACAUUCCAGGCCUUCCCUACAACCUAGAGUAGCCCACCAAGGGACAGGUCAUCCACAUGAAAGGCACAUUGCUAGUCUGGCCUUUCUACGACAUUAAUUCUAGAAAAUGCCACCAUCAGCAGCUGCAUGAAGUACAAAGAGCAGUCAUGUGUAUUUAAUUCCUAUAUGUCAUCUAUUUAUUUUUAGAUUCUCCACAACAUUCUCAUUUUAAAAUGGGCUUGAUGGAUAUCUAAAUUUUGUAAAUACUGUACA